GUUUACGAAGAGCGAUUUCGAAGCUCAGCACAUUCUUGUCUUGCAUUGCAAAAGUUGUUGAAGUUGUCAUAGUAUUGUGGUAGUGUAACAGCAAUGACUGACCGUUUUAUAGAAUUAUUGUGGAGGGCCGGUGCUACUCUUACGGGUUACGGUUCUUUUCGGACAAAGUUUGCAGCGACUGCGGUGUUAAUUACCAUUGUUCAUUUUGGUGUCAAGAGAGCGCGGGGAAUUUACAGAACGCGAAAGUUUCGGGCAGCAGCUGCACAGAAGAGAGUUCAGUGUGAUGCAGUUAAGCAACAUUUGAAGGAGAAGCUACACACCGAUGAUACGGUAGUGCUACAAAAACGAGAUGAGAUUGUGAAAUUGUCGGCCAUUGAUCUAGCUUUGGCUUUAAAACGACGUCACUACACAGCAGUAGAGGUGCUGCAUGCUUACCAGGCAAAGGCUCUCGAGGUAACUGAACGAAUUAACUGUGUGACUGAAUUCCUUACUGAAGCUGAGCAAUGGGCAAAUGAUCUGGAUGAGAAGGGUCCAGAGAAUGCUGGCUGCUUGUUUGGUGUCCCAGUCAGCAUAAAGGAAAACGUUGACAUCAAGGGCUACCCCUCGACUGCGGGGCAGGUGAAAUUUCUAUUCCCAGUAGAUAAAGAUGCGACGAUCGUCAAAACUCUGAAGCUGCAGGGAGCCGUCCCAUUCGUGAAGACCAAUGUUCCGCAGAGUUUGCUCUGGUAGGACCAGGGCAAUGCAAGGUACGACUGCAGCAACCCGCUGUCACUGGGGCACCACAAAACCGCCAAGGUGAACACGGCGCGCUCACCAGGGGGCUCUAGCGGCGGCG